CAGGCACGUGUGGGGGGGUGAAGGGCGGGAGGGAGGUAGACCAGCCGGUGGUGCUGCAGUUUGGCAAGGUGGGCAGAGACGCCUUCACCAUGGACUACCGCUACCCGCUCUCCACCUUCCAGGUGUGUAAGGGGAAGAGGAGUGAUACUGGGUAG